AUGAACGAGAAAAAGAACACAAUUUUUAAGGGUAAGGGAUAUAUAUUGAAAGGUGUAAAUAAAGAAUUUAUUGACGAUAGAAAGAAAAGAGAUUUAUUUAUUGAUAAAAAGAAAAAGAAUAUUUUUAACAGAUUUAAUCCUUUUACAUUACCUUUAUUAGGUAAAAAUAAAUUAUGUGAGGUAGAUGAAAAAUGUGAUAUGAAAAAAAGCAAAAGUUCUGAUAAAUACAAAGAAGCAAAUAUUAAUAUUAAUGUACUGAAUGAGGGGGAGUUCAAUAGUUAUUUGUUAAGAAAUAGAGCAUUUAGAUUAACAUGGACUAGUAUCAUAGAAAAAAUAAAACAUGAAAUAGAUAUAGAAAUAUAUAAAAACUUAAAUGAUGUAUUUGAGGAAAUAUAUUUAUAUUCUAUAUCGAAUAAUGAAUAUCUCCCUUUAAUUUUAAUAACAGCUGGUACAAAUGUUGCUGACCAUGAAAUUAUUAUUGAUGCUUUGUCAUACGAAUUAAAGAUAUGGAAUAAUAAUAAUAAUAAAAAAAAAAAACAACACACGCACACAAACACACGUACACAAAAAGGUUGUAUGGACCAAUCAGGCAAUUUAUUUGAUUAUGUACAUGGAGAAGGAAAGGAUUAUAUAUAUGAGAAAAUAAAACGAGAUAUGAACAAGGGAGAUACAAAUCAAGGUGACCAUUUAUAUGAUAAGAUAAAUAUAAAUAAAGUAAAUUUAAUUCUUCCAGGUAACGAAGAUUCGGCACAUGCCCUUAUGAACCCAUCACAUGAGAGUAAUAAUCAAGAUAAAGAGAUAAAGAUGAAAAAGAAGAAGAAGAAGAAGAAAAAAAAAAAAAAAAGAAAAAAAAGGAGAAUAUUCAAUGGCAAUAUUUGUAAUAAAGAUAGUAGUAUAUCACCCAAUAGUAGUUAUCAUAACCAUUUUAAUAAUGAUGAUGAUAAUUAUAAUGUGAAUAAUUUAUUAAAUGAAGAUAGUUAUGACGAUAAUGAUGAUGUGUAUGUAUGUUCUCUUAAUUCCAACACAUCAAAUAAUAUAAAUUCUGCUGUAUACAACAUCUAUACACAAUUAUAUAGAGAUUAUAAAAUGCGAUAUUUUUUAAAAAAGUAUAAAAAGAAAGAUGGGAGGAACAAUUAUAAUAAUGGUGUAAAAAAUGCUUAUAUUUCAAAUGAAACCAGAAAAAGAACUCGGAAUUAUAGUAACAGUAGUAAUUCGUAUAAUUUAAAUAGGGAUGAUAUAGAUAACGAUUGUGAUAACACGUGUGAUGUUAGUAAUCAUAAUUCUUUUGUUCGUUUGAGUUUUUUAAACAAAGAAUUUAGAGAAGACAACAAAGUGAUAAAUAAGAAUAUGGUUAAUAUAGAUAGGUUGAUUGAUCUAUAUAAGAAGAUGAGUGAAUUGAAUAUGAAAAAUAUAUCUGAAGAGGAGAUUGAAGGGUUAAGUAAAAAAAGAGUAUUUACAAAUAAAUAUAAUUCGGAUAAUAUAUAUAAUAUGGAUGAAAUGUAUAAUGUUAUGAAUUCAAAAGAUGUUAUGUUUACAUCUCCAAAGGGAGGAUAUAAGAAUAAUAAAGGAUCGGGUAUAUAUAAAGAUAUGAAUGAAAGUAAUAAUUCUUUUAUAAAAGAGUAUGGGCCUCUAGAAUUAUAUAAUAAACAAAAUAAUUAUUUUUAUGAUGGUCGAAAAAAGGUUCGUAUAAUAAUAUUAAUACACGAUUGUGAAUAUUUUAACAUAAAUAUAUUAAAUGGUAUUUUAAAUAUAUUGAUUAAUUUACGUAUUGAUAAUAAAAUAUGUUUGAGUGUUAUAUUAGGUGUAUCGACACCUUCGUUUUUUUUUAAUAGAAUCACAACACCCGAUACCCAAAGCAAAUUAAGAAUAAAAACAGUUGAUAUUUUAAAUAAUAAAUUGAUGUGUGAUCGAAUAUGUAAUAUUUUGUUAUUCGAAAAUUUAUUACCAUUUAUAUUAAAUUUUAAGACAGUACAUGCAAUUAAAUUAUUAUUACAUAAAAACAAUCAAUCUAUAAGUCAUUUAAUACAUAUAUUAUAUAUAUUAACUAAAGAAUUUUAUGAUAAUAAUAUUUUGUCUUUCUUAUGUAUACCGAUGAAUUAUUAUUUAAAUAUAUGUACAAAUGAUGAUGAAGAGAAAGAGAAAAUGGAUUCCAAUUAUUCUGCAUAUACUUAUGUUCGUUCUUAUCAAGCGAAUCUUUCGAAUUUUUUCAAGUAUGAUAUAAGAAAAGUGCAUCAGAAAAUAAUAUCUUUAUGUUACUCGUCGAAUUUGUAUUAUCGUCAUUUGUCAUAUAUAAAAAAAAAAUAUUCUACUAUAUUAAUAAAGAAUUAUUUUCAAUUACAUGGUCCAGAUUCUGUUGUGCACACACCACGCCACUCGGAUGACGAGCCUGAGUUUUUUAAUUUAAAGAGUAAGAAGGUAGAUCAUAUGAAGCAAGAAAGGAAUAUUCAAGUGGUAGAUAAGGAGUUGUCUUCCGUAAAUAAUGAUAAGAUAAAUGAGAAUAAUAUUAAUGGUGACAUUCAUGGUGACAUUCAUGGUGACAUUCAUGGUGACAUUCAUGGUGACAUUCAUGGUGAUAUUCAUGGUGACAUUCAUGGUGAUAUUCAUGGUGACAUUCAUGGUGACAUUCAUGGUGAUAUUCAUAGUAGAAAUAAUAAGAAGAGCCCUUUCGAUAGAGCUAGCUAUGCUUGGGAAUUCAAGACCAAAACAAUAAACUGGUGGUACGAUCACCCCUUUAAAGAUUUAAUAUAUUUAUAUGAAAACGGAAGGGUGAGAACUAAUAAUAAAGAAGAAAUAAUAGAUAAAUUAUUAAAUGAUGAAGAGAACAAAAAAGAGAUAAUAAAUAAUAUGCAUAGUCAUAUAAAUGGUAAUAAUAAUUUAUAUGAUAUUGAGAACGUUAAAGAAAUAAAUAAGAAUUUGUGUAGUUUUACCUUACCUUUAAAUGUAUUACAACUUAUCGAAAGAAAAUAUGCAUUUAAUAUAGCUAUAAAUUUAAUAAAUAUUAUUAUAAAGACUAAGUCUGAAUAUACGACAUCUAUAAAAAGAAGUGAAUAUUUUAGAAAUUUAUUUCAAAAUUAUGAAAAAAUAAAAUGGAAUGAAAAUAAAAAUAUAUUAUAUAUUGAAGAAUUAUAUAAUAUUGUUGAAAAGGAUGUAAAGAAAUGUAUCAACUUCUUAAUUGAUAUGAUGACUCCUUAUUAUUUUAAAAAUCAUCAGGUCUUAUUAAAUGUAUUUAAAGAAUUCAAAGAAUAUUAUACAAAUAUAUAUCCUAUUGUUUAUAAUUUAGAAGAUUAUUUAUAUUUAUUAAAAGAUAAAGAAUAUAAAAAACAUCAAGAAUUAUUUAUUAAUGAUGAUUUUUCAAAAACCUGUACUUACUCUAUAUCAUAUUCUAUAUAUUUUUCUCUCCUUUCACGUCUUGACGAUAUGUUGGAGAUGCUUCGAAACGUAAUUCGUAUGGAAGAAAAGCAGAAGAAAAAAACAAACCAAUGUACAGCAUUCGAUGAUAAUGCAGGUUAUAUAAAAAAAAAUAUUUGUGUUAAUAAUUUAUCGAGAAAAAGGGAAGAACAUGUUGAGGAUUCGGGUUGUGUAUUAAACGUAAGUAGUUAUAAACAACAAAAUGAAAAAAAAGAAAAUGAAAAAAAAGAAAAUGAAAAGAAAGAAAAUGAAAAAAAAGAAAAUGAAAAAAAAGAAAAUGAAAAAAAAGAAAAUGAAAAAAAAGAAAAUGAAAAAAAAGAAAAUGAAAAAAAAGAAAAUGAAAAAAAAGAAAAUGAAAAAAAAGAAAAUGAAAAAAAAGAAAAUGAAAAAAAAGAAAAUGAAAAAAAAGAAAAUGAUAAAAGGUUUUUUAUACAAGCAGAUGAUCAUCUUAAUGAAGAUGAAGACGAAGAAGCAGAACAACAACAUAAUAUACAAUACAACAAUUCUGUUAAUUAUAAUGAUCCAUAUUAUUGUGCGCACGAUAUUGGGACUAGUAACAAAACAAAAUAUUUCCCUUCCAAUAAUAUUAUAAACAUACACGAAAUAGAUAACAAGAAAAAAAGAUUUAAAAGAUAUUUGACUAUAGAAAAUAAAAGUUUGAAAAAGAAAAAAAAUGACGAACAUAAUAUAAAUGCAGAAGACAUAUCUAAUUGUAUAAAUUUAUUUAUACAUGACUAUAUAUAUUUAUUACUUCUACCUCCUAUAUCUUAUCAUCCUUUAGCAUAUGAAUUAAUUUUACAUAAACCUGAUAAAGAUUUUACAAAUAUUAUGACAAGAGAUAUAAAAAAAGAAUUACUAACAACCUUAUGUUAUACAAAUCCAUAUAAAACAGGAAACUUAAUGUGUUCUUCAUGUUGUCUUUUUAAAGAUAACCCAUACAAUAGUAAUCCUGAAAAUAAUAUUAUUACAAAUAAUAAAAUAUAUCUCAAUCCUACAUAUGAUAAUAUAUCUACAUUGGAAGAUAUGGUUAAUCUAUAUCGAGUGUAUGAAAAGUGUAACAAGACAAUUGAUUUGUAUAACCUUUUUAUAUUAUACUUAAAUAUUAAGGUGGAUAAAUAUUGGGCAUAUUCAAUAAAUGACAAGAAUAAAAACAACAACAAUAAUAAUAAUAACAACAACAACAACAACAAUAAUAAUAAUAACAAGAAUAAUAAUAAUAAUAAUAGUGACUGGGGGGAUAAGGAAGAUAUAAAAUCACCACAUUUAUGCAAAAUGAAAAAUACACCAACGGAAAAUUUAGCCAACGAUAUAUUACAAGAAUAUUAUUUAAAAUUUAUUAUAACUAUUAAUACAUUCUGCUCAUUCCUAAAAAUAUUAAAACCUCCAAAUGUUUCGGCUCUAUUAAAUUAUAAUGACAAAAAUGGAAAUAACGAUGAUUAUUAUGAAGACGAUGAAUAUUACCACACAAACAAUAAUACUAAUAAUCUUGGAAGAGGAGCCAAAAAAAAAUCCAGUGACGACAAUAAUAGCUCACAAGAAUCCAUCAUACAAUUUUUAAAAGAAAUUAAAAAAUCAUUACAAGGAUGUACUAGUAAAAAAUUAUUAUUUGGAAAGUUGUAUUAUAAUCAUAUUAUAGCUUCAAGAGAAUAUUUCUUACAAAACCUUAUGGAAAAAAAUAAUGAAUAA